AUGUCAUUUGCCUAUUACAUCAAUCACAUUUUACUUGCUUCGAUUGUCUAUUUCAAUACUUUAUUAGUUCUUUCAAUUACCAUUAAAUCUGUUGAAUCUGUAAGUGUUCCCAGUAUUCCAACGUCAGUACCUUUGGAUUUGACAACACCGCAAGAUUACAAUGCCUCAAUCGACGCAUUCUCGUCCCUCGCUACUAUCAUUCCAUCAAUAUUCAUUGUAUUAACACUAAACAAAAAAGUUAUCGACUAUAAGCUGUUUCUGAUACUCGAUGAUUGCCUCACAUUUGGUUUAUUCGGUGCGCUCCCCGCAAUUUUAAUUCUUGUAAAUGGUGCGAGUAUAAUUUAUAUAAUAAUGCCGUCGGUGGGCGUGGGUUUUCUCAUUACGUCGAUGUAUAUCCAUUAUUGUAUGGACUGUGGAGAACCGCGAAGAUGUUGUAUCAACUUCUUUUACAUUAUCUCAAUUUCACUUUGUGCAAGCGCAUGUCUUGUCAUAUUAAUGGCAAAACAACUAAUACGUGUACCUGAUCUUAAAAAUUUUACACCUACAAACUGUACCGACUUGUUGGAUGAUUACCCCAUACCCUAUAUGCUUUUUACUUCGGUAUUGUUUAUGGGUGCAAUUUUAUCUCUUUCAUUGAUUGUCGGUUGGUUUAUUAGUAACAGUGUGUAUGUAACAAAAAUCACUAUGGGCUUGGCUUCAAUCGUGAUUUCACGAAUCAUCUGGUACUUGCAACAACUUACUGAUCAAAAAAACGAUGGAAAAGUGCCUGUACCUGUAUAUUUUUCUAUGUUUAUUUUUAAAUUUAAAGAGUCCGAUUCAAGCAAGGGAUCACCGAACGCUACGGAGCCCGGAUCUUCGAGUCAGAAUCGUGCAUCCUCAUAA